AGCAAUGAUGAAAAAAAUAAGUUAAAUUUUGAACUUUUGGAAUUAAAAAUGCUACAUGAGCAACAGAUUGUUGAAUAUUCAAAAUAUAUUAGUAAAUUAAAAGCUUUAUAUUCUAAGCAAAUAAAAUCUAUCAAUGAUGACAAACAAUCUACUAUUUUAAAAUUAAAUCAAGAAAUACAUCAACAAAAAAAGUGCUCUUAUGAGAUGACAAACAUAAUUGAAAAUUUACAGACAAAACUUUCUAAUUUUUUGAAAAAAAUUGAUAAUUAUGAACUUGAAAUUAAUAAAUUUAAUCGUAACGAAGUUCAUUUACACAGACUUAAAACAGAAAAUAAGGAUAUAAUUGAGAAGAAUACUAACCUUCAGUCAUCAAUAGAGUCCUUAAACAUGGAAUUACAGAAAUCUCAAAAAAAUGUCAAAAAUCAGAAUGAUAUCAACUUUGAAAUGAAUAGCAAAUUAAAACACUUGCAUGAAGAAAAUGAAGAAUUCAAACAUCAAAUAUCAGUUUUGAAUCAUAAGCUAAAUUUGAAAGACCUGCAAAAUAAAAAUGAAUUAUCAAUUUCCAAUGAAAAUUUAAUCCGCCAAAACAAUGAACUUUUGAUUCAAAAUGAGGCACUCAAAAACAAAAUUCAAAAACAUGAAAGGAUUGAUAACAAGGAAAUUGAUGAUCUAUUACAGCAAAAAUAUAAACUUAAAAUUGACACACUUCGAUUGGAAAUAGAGAAUAAGGCCAAAUAUGAAGUUGAUACUUUAAAGAGAGAAAAUGAUACGAUCAACAAAGAAAUGGAAGUUUUAAACGAUAUAAUGUCACAGCAAAGGCAAAAAUGGGAACGGGAAUCCAAACAUUUACAAAAUACACUCGACUGUAUUGAGUGUGAGAAAAGCGAAUUAAUUAAAUCGACAAAAGAAUGUGUUAUGAGAGAUAAAAGGAAACUGUUUGACAUUAUCCGAAAUCUGCAAAAGAAACUAGUAACAGAACGUUCGAAUAAGUGCAAGUUAAUGUCGAUAUUUCGCAAAAAAAUUAGCCAAAGAGAACACACUUUGAACAAUGUAACGUCUAAAUUGAACGAUGAGAACAAGGAGUUAAGAAUAUCCCUAACUCAGGUUCAACAAAAGCUGGCGGUCUUGAUAAAUCAAAACAAAAACUUGGGAACCGAAUUUAUCAAUAUUGCUCGUCAAAAUAAACAAGGCUUUCAAAUCGAUAUACGAGAAAAAGAAGACAAAAUUUUUAAUCUACAGAAAGAUUUGCAUAAAUUUCAAGAUGAAUUAAAUUUGAAAUGCGAUGAAUACAAAAAAAAAAAGCAAAUUUAUUGCAAAAUAAUAGUAAAACUACGAAAUCAAGUCAAAAAGUUACAAUAUCACACCCGAACGAAUACACAAAUUACCAGAAAUGCGAAUCCAAUCAACUCAAAUACUUUUAAGGAUAAGGUAGAUAUUUAUGCCAAGAAACCAAUCAAUUUACAUAUGAAAGAGUUACCAGUUGGAGAUAAAGUAUUUUAUACUUUACCUUAAAAAAAAUUAGUAUUUUAAAACUAACUUUGUAUAAAUUGUUUCAUUGCGAAUAUAAUACUCAAUUUUUUAGGAAUUAUAGUAU